AUGUCCAAAACAAAGGCUGAAUAUGACAUUGACAAAGUUUCGGCAUCGAAUCCGUUGCCAGCAUACGAAGUUGAUGACGACGGCUCUAGCAAUCCCACGAAGACCGAGGGCCCGGUAGAGACAGCUCAAGACUUGGUAACCACUAUCAUUCAUGUUGAAGAUGACCCGACCCUGAGCCCAUACACUUUCCGCAUGGUCUUCCUUGGUUGCGGCCUUUCCAUCUUCGGUUCCGUCUUAUCGGAGAUCUUUUACUUCAAGCCCCAGACCAUUUUCGUUUCCGUAGUCUUCUUGACUGUCAUUGCCUAUGUGCUUGGCGAGUUAAUGGCUCUUUUGAUUCCGCGGAAAGGCAUCUUCAGGUACCUGAAUCCAGGACCAUUCAACCAAAAAGAGCAUGCCGCUAUUACCAUCAUGGCUUCUGCUGCUGCCCAAACAUCAGCAUCUACCGAAGCUCUGGCUGCACAAGAACUCUUUUACGGAGGCUACCCAAGUCGCGUAGCUGGAAUUUUCGUCGUAUUGUCCUCACAACUGAUCGGAUUUGGUAUCACAGGGCUUCUCCGAAAUGUCCUUACCUACCCCACUAAGAUGAUAUGGCCCCAGAAUCUACCCAUUGCCACGCUACUCGAAUCGCUGCACCGGGACAAGGCCGAGACCAAAAGGCGACUCAGAGUAUUCUACAUCGUCUUCAUUGCGUUGUUCGUCUGGGAAACCCUACCCGAGUACAUGUUCACUGUAUUGACUGGUGUAUCCAUCUUCUGCCUCGCAGACCAGCACAACCUCGUCUUCACCAACUUGUUUGGCGGCGCCUCUGGUAACGAAGGUCUUGGAUUCUUGAACAUCUGCUUCGACUGGAACUACAUCGCGGGACUCAAUUCACCGCUCUGGUAUCCUUUGCAGACUAGUUUCAACAUGAUGCUUGGCAUCAUUGGUUGCUACAUUCUCUUCAUGGGCGUUUACUAUGGCGAUAUAUGGAAGUCUCAGAGCUUCCCCUUUCUAUCGCAACUGCUAUUCAAUGGGACUGCGUCAAACUCUACGUUCUACGCCGAGUACAACCAGUCUCUGAUCUUGGACUCACAAUUCAGAAUCAAUGAGGCAGCACUUGCUACAGAAUCCCUUCCCUACCUGACAGGGACAUACAUUGUCUACCUUAUCACCUCAAACAUGGGGGUAACGGCUGCGUUGGUGCACAUGGCGCUCUGGAAUUUUGACGACGUUAAACAAGGCUGGUCAUUCAUGGCACCUGCGAACCUCAAGAAGAUGCUUCAAAAGGACUACUGGAUAUUCUGGAAGGGGCAAGAGACGCCAGAACAGCUGUGGGAGAAAGCACAGCAUGAUGAGGACCUUGAUCCACACUACAAGCUUAUGCUGAAGAACGGAUACGAAGAAUGUCCCAAUUGGUGGUGGUUCACUAUAUGGCUUAUACCCUUUGCCGUGGGACUAGCUUGCUUGUACGUCAUGAAGUCGACACUCCCAUGGUGGGGGUUUGCUUUUGCGAGUCUUCUCACCGUCAUAUUUGUGCUCUUCUUGGGUGCUCAAACGGGACUUACGGGCUUCAUCUUCAACAUUCAGCCCAUUUGCCAGAUGCUCGCAGGUUAUCUCUUCCCUGGCAAGCCACUCGCCAACCUUUACUUUACCUGCUUCACGUACAACACCUUUCAGCAAGGAAUAGUGCUGGGCCGCGACAUGAAACUUGCGCAAUAUGUUCACCUUCCACCGCGCUGCACGUUCUUCUCACAAGUUGCGGGUUGUCUUAUCGGCGCGAUAUUCAACUGGGUCAUGAUGGACACUAUCGUCGAAAACCAGGCCCCGAUCCUUAAAUCCGUCGAAGGUUCCAACAUCUGGUCGGGACAGAACAUCCAACAGUUCAACUCGCUUGCCAUUACCUUCUCGAUAGCACAUCACCUGUACUCGGCAGGCAAGCGAUACCAAUGGGUGACGCUGGCCUACUUGCUUGGAUUCCUAGCUCCGCUUCCGCUCUACUUUGCGCAUCGAUAUACUCGAUGGCGUGGCUUUUCUUACAUCAACACCAGCAUAAUCCUGUGGUAUUGCGGUAACCUCUUCGUCGGUAUCAACUCCAGUCUGACAUCCUUCUUCAUUGUGGCCUUUAUCAGUCAGUUCUGGCUGCGCAAGAAACAUCCACAGUUCUUCGUCAAGUGGAACUAUCUGGUGUCGGCUGCUAUGGAUGGAGGCACCCAAGUACUAGUCUUCAUAUUCACCUUUGCUGUGUUUGGCGGCAGUGGAAAAGCACGUCCUUUUCCCACAUGGGCAGGCAAUCCGGAUACCAGCCUCAGAAACAUUGACUACUGCAUGAAGGACCCCGUGAGCGCUGGGUAA